UAUUAGGGAUGCUUCAGCCUACAAAGCUUUUCAAAGUUGGCCAACGCACCUUGUAUCCUUCGAACGCGAACCCGGAGUCAAUCCCAAGCGUCCAAGAUGUCCCUCAAGCUCCUCAGUCACCAUUCCACAGCUCGUGAGAUCAAGCAGCUUCCGGGCUAUCCCCGGUUGAAGCCUGCUUACAUCUUGAAGAUCAACAUUGGCAACAUUUUGAAGGUGGGAACCGUGGGUUCUGGCCAAAACCUAUCUCUCGUGGAAACCGGAACCGGCACCCUGACGACAGCUGAGGGCUACGAUUGUCCUGUCGACGGCGAGAUUGUCUACGGCGCAGACUGGCUCUUGAACGAGCCAGACGGAGAGCAUGCCAUUCCCAACCUGAAGCUCCUCAUCAAAACCAAGGACGGUGCCAUCCUGAGCUCUGAGUACACAGGCACAGGCGUCUUCAGCAAGCCGGUCCUCGACAUGUGGGCUGGUGACGAAAACGCAAAGACAUUCCCGUUUGGAAUCUCUUCAACAUACCAUACCUUCCAAUCCGGUGACCCCAAAUACAAGCACCUGCAGUACAAGACGUUUGUUGGAAAUGGACGGUUUGUUGUGAACGACGACCGCUCCAUCACUGUUGAGUCGCGGAUCUCUGAGGUCAUUCCUAGCAAUGACUUGGAUUGUUAG